AUGUAUGCCGUUAAAAGAGAAAAUAAAUUUAAGGAAACUGAAUUGUCAGAAUGGUCACUUCAACCUGAAGCCUUACAAAUAGAAUUUGAAUAUAGCGCAUGGAAGAACUUUGUUGAAAAUAUUGCUAAUAACUCUCAUCUAUAUAAUGAUUCUUUAUCGCGAAAGGCUCAAGAAAUGGUAUCUUCGUUUGAGGCGAGCCUUGAUCCUAUAGAUUUUGGUAGGAUUCAGUCUAUUGCUGAACACAUUUGGGUGGUCCCUAAGCUAGGCCAAAUGAUGGAUCCCUGA